GGUUUAGUGUUGUGCCCAUAGAAUUAACGGUGUGGUUGUAGCCAGUUGCUCAGAAUAUGUAACGCUAGCUAUGUCGUGCUUUGUUUGGUUGUUUUUUUUAAACUAAAAUGUAGGUUUUCUUAAACACAAUGCCGGCUUGAUAGUCAUCCGGAUAUGGCAGAAUUGGCUGAACAAGGACAACGACGGUAGGACUGCGACUAAUGCCUAGCCUCGCUGACUUGCCUUGUACCAGAUGAGCUGGUACAAGAUGCUGCUGAAGAUGCCCCAGAAGCUGAUGCAGACUGCCCACUACAUAGAGCUGGGCAGCUACCAGCACUGGCCGGUGCUGAUACCCCAGAGGAUACGACUGUACACCUACGAACAAAUCCCCCUCUUUCUCAAAGAAAACCCCUACAUCACAGACGGCUACAGGGCCCACCUGCCCUCCAAACUCUGCCUAAGGAGUAUUUUUAUUCUGUCCAAUGAGACUGUGAACAUUUGGAGCCACCUUCUGGGUUUCCUACUCUUCUUCUCUCUGGGGGUCAAUGACCUCUCCUCAGUGCUGCCAGCCUCUGGAGCCAACAGAGAGGACUACGUCAUCUACACUGUAGGACUGUUCUGCUUCCAGGUGUGCAUGUUGUGUUCUGUGGGGUAUCACCUGUUCGCGUGCCACCGGUCGGAGAAGACUUGCCGUCGCUGGCUGUCGUUGGACUACGCAGGCAUCUCUGUUGGCAUCCUGGGCUGUUAUGUACCUGGGAUCUUCUACGCUUUCUACUGUAAUGCUUUUUGGCGACAGGUCUACCUGCUGACCGUGCUGUCCUUGAUCCUGGCCGUCUUCUUUGCUCAGGUCCACCCUCGUUACCUCAGCAACGACUGGCGACGGAUACGGACGGCGAUCUUCUGCUGUGUGGCUGGCAUCAGUGUGAUUCCUGCCUGUCACUGGGUCUGGCUCAAUGGAGGAUUCGCCACUGCUGUUGUUCAGCUGUUCCUGCCUCGUGUGCUAGUGAUGUAUCUGAUAGCUGGAUCUGCCUUCCUGUUCUAUGUCACCAAGAUCCCUGAACGCUAUUUCCCCGGCCAGCUCAACUACCUGGGCGCCAGCCACCAGGUGUGGCACAUACUGGUGGUGGUGAUGUUUUACUGGUGGCACCAGACGGCUCUUAACAUCAUGCACUUCAGGCACAGCCAGUCGUGCCCGGCCCAGCCCACCAGCAGCUAAGUUGAACUGAUCAGAUGUUAUGGAAAGGCAAUCAGCUGCAAUCAGGCUAAUAUCGAUCAUUGUUAGUAGACGCCAGUUAAACUCAAUAUUCUUUCACUUUUUGGUAGACAUCAGUUAAACUCAAUAAGUUAAUAUUCACAGAGUUCUUCCCAGUUAGCCGCUGGUUAGAAUUCGCUGCCUAAAGGUCUUUCAACCACUAACUAGCAGAAGCUCCUGACUAAAAGCUGCUAGGGUGUAAGCCUGAGAGUCUGACGGUAGCUAGUAACUUUCACUGAGCCGUUGGUUACGGUUUGGCUGCAGUCAAAGGCCACUAUAUAAGUCUACCGUCUCCAACAGUAGAUAUCAGAUAUGUGGCUUGACUCUACUAUAAAUGUUAAAUUCUCUUAAUCAAUAUAUAGAUGCAUGAAGCAGGAAUUUAAAUUGGUCUGUAGAAACAGACUAAGGUUUGGUCUUUUUAAUUGGUGAGCAUGUUAUCUCAAGGUUUGUUUUGACUGUGAUUUUGUUUUUCUACAAAAGUAUUGAAAUAUACCCAUACGGAUUAUUUUGAAUCAGACAUAAUAGCCUGUGUGAACAAAGACUUUUUUGAUUUAUCAAUGUUUUCCUACAAGAUUCGAUUGUAUGAAAUGUCUCGAUGAAAGGUGGAAAGCACCGAACAAAAACACCACAACUGGAAAUUCUACAUGUGGACACUGUGAACUGCCUGUCUCUGGGAGGAAAAAAA